AUGGAACUAGAUGACAUUUUACCACCUCUCCCUUUGGAGCCACCUAACGAUUUUGGCAGAGAUGAGGGCAGAGCACCUCCACCACCUCCCCUGCAAACGUCCAGUGACGCAGAGGUAAUGGACGUUAGCUCUGGUGGUGAUGGAUACAUAUGCAUCCCAGGGGAUGGGGAAGCAAAACCACAAGAGCCCCUCAAUAUUACUACAAUUGCUUUCUGUAGUGAGCCCUCGUAUGAGGCUAGUUACUCCAACUCAUUGUGUCCCAGAACAGCUCGUCACGCUCCCCCUUCAACCAAGUUCCGACCAGAUAUCAAGCUGCUCAGGGAUGUUCAGGUUCGUGUUAGCUUCACUGAAAGCAGCUGUAGCAAAGACAGGAAGGUUUUGUAUACAGGUGAAGGGCAAGAUAGAGGCAGCGAUGAUGGGUUAGAUCAUUUGAAUGGUGAGUUGAAUUUCUUUUCGAGUGAUCAGGAAGUUGCUGAAGGUAGUUCAGGAACAGCACACGGAGCAGGUAGGGUUGAAGAGAAUGACAUAGACACUGAGAACAAAGUAGAGUAUGCUGUCCUGGAUGAGUUGGAUGACUUCUGUGAGAAUUUCAUGGAGAAUGAAGAUGAAGAAAAUGGCGGCUUUAAAUCCGAGGUCAUAGUUCAGCAGGAGCAAACCUACGACGAGUCCAUGGCUUACACAUUUGAGGAGGAAUUCGACAACGAUGUUGAUGCUCUUCUAGAGGAGGGCAUGCCGGUCCCCAAAAAGAUGCGUCCAGCAGAGGACAAAUAUGAUGGCGACAGUGAUCACCACUCAGAUGGAGAAGGUGUUCAACCAAUGAUGACCAAAAUUAAAACAGUCUUGAAAAGCCGGGGACGUCCACCCACUGAGCCACUUCCGGAUGGAUGGAUCAUGACAUUCCACAACUCAGGCAUUCCAGUCUACCUGCACAGAGAGACCAGAGUAGUAACUUGGUCUAGGCCCUACUUCCUUGGAACAGGCAGCAUCCGAAAACAUGAUCCUCCAACUAGCAGCAUCCCCUGCUUACACUAUAAAAAGAUGAAGGAACAUGAGGAGAAGGAACUGAAUGGCGAGGUAGAUCUUCAAGCAGAAAAGUCUCCUGUUAAACCCACCAAUGAGGCAAAUGGUGACGACCCUGUUGAAAAUUCUGACAACGUAGCUGAGGUACAUGAUAACGUGCCAGCCUUCAAUCCUAUCGAUGGUGGCUUAGUGGAUGAGGGCAUCCCCAACCACUGUCAGCCCAACAAAGAGGCCCAACCAUGCGACAUUGCUCAAGGAGCCCUUGGACAAGUCAGGGCCAAAGUGGAAGUUUGCAAGGAUGAGUCUAUUGAACUUGAAGAAUUUCGCCUAUACCUGGAAAAGUGUUUUGACUUUGAACAAGUAACAGUGAAGAAGUUCCGAACUUGGGCUGAGCGAAGGCAGUUUAACAGAGACAUGAAGCGGAAACAGGCAGAAUCAGAGCGGCCUAUCCUUCCAGCAAACCAGAAACUCAUUACACUGUCUGUUCAAGAUGCCCCCACUAAGAAAGAAUUUGUCAUCAAUCCCAAUGGGAAGUCUGAAGUUUGCAUCUUACAUGAAUACAUGCAGCGUGUCCUAAAGGUUCGACCUGUUUACAACUUUUUUGAAUGUGAGAAUCCAAGUGAACCCUUUGGCGCCUCAGUCAUUAUAGAUGGAGUCACCUACGGCACAGGGACUGCUAGUAGUAAAAAACUUGCCAAGAAUAAAGCUGCAAGAGCCACACUGGAAAUUCUUAUUCCUGACUUUGUGAAGCAGACCUCUGAGGAAAAGCCUGUUGAGGCAGAUGAACUUGAGUAUUUUAACCAUAUCAGUAUAGAAGACUCAAGAGUAUAUGAGCUGACCAACAAAGCAGGGCUUCUUUCACCUUACCAGAUCCUUCAUGAGUGCCUUAAAAGAAAUCACGGAAUGGGAGACACUAGCAUAAAAUUUGAGGUGAUACCAGGGAAGAAUCAGAAGAGUGAAUAUGUGAUGACUUGUGGGAAGCAUACCGUGCGUGGCUGGUGCAAGAAUAAGAGAGUUGGCAAACAAUUGGCAUCUCAGAAGAUCUUACAAAUGCUUCAUCCUCAUGUGAAGAACUGGGGCUCACUGCUGCGAAUGUAUGGUCGGGAGAGUAAUAAGAUGGUCAAAAAGGAGAGCUCUGACAAGAGUGUGAUUGAGCUGCAGCAGUUUGCUAAAAAGAACAAACCAAACCUUCAUAUCUUGAACAAACUUCAAGAAGAGAUGAGGAAACUGGCCGCACAAAGGGAGGAAACUAGAAAGAAACCCAAGAUGACCAUCAUGGAAUCUGCCCAGCCAGGAAGUGAACCUCUCUGCACUGUUGAUGUUUAA